CGCCAGACUUAAGCUAGAUUCCUGCCUCCACCAUCAGGCCAACCAACUUCCUUUGCAGCCCACCAGUUCCGGAAGCUGAGGCUUACUGUAACGUUGGCAAGGUGCAGAACCGAAGAGAGAUCACACUGUUUUGUUCACGCUCUGUGAUUGAGCCGAGAGAGAGACAGAGCAUGAACAGGGGAGGGGCAGAGAGAGAGGGAGACACAGAAUCCGAAGCAAGCUCCAGGCUCUGAGCCAUCAGCCCGAGCCCGACGCAGGGCUCGAACUCACGGACCGCGAGAUCGUGACCUGAGUUGAAGUCGGACGCUUAACCGACUGAGCCACCCAGGCGCCCCCAGAAUUUGCAGGGAGCAUGGCGGCUUCCUGUGUCCUCCUGCACACUGGGCAGAAGAUGCCCCUGAUUGGACUGGGCACCUGGAAGAGUGAUCCUGGCCAGGUAAAGGCUGCUGUUAAGUACGCCCUGAGUGUAGGCUACCGCCACAUUGACUGUGCUGCUAUCUAUGGCAAUGAGACGGAGAUUGGGGAGGCCUUGAAGGAGAAUGUGGGACCUGGCAAGGUGGUGCCUCGAGAGGAGGUGUUUGUGACUUCCAAGCUGUGGAACACUAAACACCACCCUGAGGAUGUGGAGCCUGCCCUCCGGAAGACACUGGCUGACCUCCAGCUGGAGUAUUUGGACCUGUACCUAAUGCACUGGCCUUAUGCCUUUGAGCGAGGAGACAACCCUUUCCCUAAGAAUGUUGAUGGGACUAUCCGCUAUGAUUCUACCCACUACAAGGAGACCUGGAAGGCUCUGGAGGCACUGGUGGAUAAGGGGCUGGUACGGGCACUGGGCCUGUCCAACUUCAGCAGUCGGCAGAUUGAUGACGUGCUCAGUGUGGCGUCUGUGCGCCCAGCUGUCUUGCAGGUGGAAUGCCACCCAUACCUGUCUCAGAAGGAGCUGAUUGCCCACUGCCAAGCACGUGGCCUGGAGGUGACUGCUUAUAGUCCUCUGGGCUCCUCUGAUCGUGCUUGGCGUGAUCCUAAUGAGCCUGUCCUACUGGAGGAGCCAGUGGUCCUGGCACUGGCCGAAAAGUAUGGCCGGUCUCCAGCUCAGAUCCUGCUCAGGUGGCAGGUCCAGCGGAAAGUGAUCUCCAUCCCCAAGAGUAUCACACCUUCACGUAUCCUUCAGAACAUCCAGGUGUUUGACUUCAUCUUUAGCCCAGAAGAGAUGAAGCAGUUAGACACCCUGAAUAAAAAUUGGCGAUACAUUGUGCCCAUGAUCACUGUGGAUGGGAAGAGGGUCCCGAGAGAUGCAGGGCACCCUCUGUAUCCUUUUAAUGAUCCAUACUGAGACCACCACUCUGGGGUUUCCUUUCCAGCUCUCCAGCUACAAGGUCCUGCCACCCCCAGAAAGAAGGAGUUAAUAAAACCACUGGAACAUCCAUA